AUGGCGACCGGCGUCACGACCAAAGAAAGCUUUAUCUCUUCCAAGGUUAGCUUAGAUAACAAGUACCUUACCACUGCGUUUCGUCAAAGCCCAGAUCGCACUCAGGAACGUUAUAAAGAAGUAAUGCAAGAUACACUUCCAUUGAAGGAAGAAAAAAUUGUGUUAAUUCCGACACGUUUACGCGAACUUCUUGCCAACACGUCAGACGAAAUAACGGUAAAACUAGGCUGCUUUCCUUAUACGAACCUGGUGUACUUUACCGUGAAUGACAACCUAUUCAUAUGGGAAUAUGAGAAAGGAAAUGAUGAUAACGCUAUCGGUCACAUAGACGUGCAUCCCCUACAGGAUCUUUAUAUAAAAUGCGUGGGUCUGGCCAAGCCGAGACCUGGACGUUUCAUCGAUGAUGCGCAAUAUGUAUUGGUUAUCGUCACGGACAAAUCGAUUUACGUCUUUGGAUUAAGCAAUACUCCCACAGGGAUAGUUUUCCAUGAUAUGUCAUCAGACAGGUACCGUGCGAACUAUAGUAAAAAAACUGUGGAAUCGAUAGUUGGCACCGAGGAUGGGCGUAUUUUUCUGAUCGAUUCCGGAGAACUCUGUGAACUGGUCUAUGAGGAUGAGGGUUGGUUUUCUCAUCCUUGCAGAUUAGAGAUCCAAUCGCUAAGCACGUUUAAUAAGCAUUGGCGUUAUAUUUCAAAUUAUUCAUCACGUCUUAGGUCUGCCGUGGUUGAUGACACGCGUAGGAUAUUAUACGUAAUGUCUGACAGCCAUAUAGAGGCGUUUCAUAUUACCAAGGAUGGAGGUCCCUUAAGACAUUUAGGAAGAUGGUCCAUCAAUGAGGACAGAUCCGGCUUGAGAGGGACGCUUGCCUCCAUGCAUCCAAUCUACGUUACUGAGUCUGCAUUCUAUUGCCUCGUGGCUGUCACAAGCACAGGCCAACGUGGAUACUUUACUUGCUAUGCCAUUAAUAGGGGAUACAAUUGGGUGACGGACACACUACCAUUUAAAAAUAAAGAACCUAAUAGUUUGAUUUUAUAUGAGGUUCAUGAUCCCCCACCGCAACCUCCAGCUCAGGUUGCCCAACAAAGUACUACUGGAUUUUCGAUGUUUAAAUAUUUCCACGGGGUAUUCUUUGCUUUAAGAAGAGAGGGCGCGUCGCAUGUCGUGACCACCACCAGCCCAAACCAUGGCUCGAUGUUUUUGAGAAUCAGCCAGAACCAAGAGCUGAUAUUUUCCGAGCAUCUCUUUAUAUUUCCUUAUCACAACAUUUAUGAAAUUCAAGAGAUCAUUAAUCCGUUAUAUGAUCCCAAAGCAUUUGAGGAGUUUUCAAAUGAUUUGAUCAAUCAGUUUUGCUCCCCCUCUCGAAAGUUCCUUGUAUAUUCACAUCAUGGUAUCAUUAUAUUAAACAAGAUGAGGCCUGUCGAUCAUCUAGAGAACAUUCUCAAGAAGGGUUCUUCACGCGAAUCGUCAAAGGCUUUUAUCGAUAACUAUGGCGAGGAACAAACUUCGGCGAUGUGUUUUUUGAUCGCCAACGAAGAAAGCUAUUCGUUUUUAAAGAUCUUUAAUUAUAAGACUUUGUUUGAAGGAUUUGGAUAUUGCUUAGCGAGAAUUCUUCGACCCGUAUGGAGGCAGCGAAUACUUAAAUUAAGUCCAAAUGCCACAAACGUAAAUCGGCUGGAUACAAGCAUUCCUGAACAAAAGCUUCAAUAUAUUGUCAAAAAGUUGUUAAACCUCAAGAAAUUCUGUGACAAGCAUCCUGAUUUAAAAACCCUGCAUCACCUCGAGAGUGGUCCUCUGACGGCGCCACCACAAGCCAUUGGCAUAAGUGGUUUAUACGAUGCGCUCGUUAGGAUGACCGAUGCGAUAUCCUUUAUCUUACUCAUGCUGGAGUAUAGCUUGCCUGAAACGAUCGAAGGUGUAGAUCUAUCAACCAAGCAAACGAUAGCCAACUCAAACUUCGACCAGUUGGUGACUGACAUGUCGGUUAGGAGCAGUUGGCAUGAUGUGGUUCUGGCUAUCAUCAAGAGAGAAACUACGCCACGUGUCGAAAACCUGAGUCGAAAUUUAGAAGCACGCUGUCCGACCUUUUGUAACGCCGUUGAAGUUAAAUUAUAUCAGGCACGUUGUGAGAUUCCGGAUAAUAAUGGUAGCACUCAAAUGGGAUAUGAAGCUCUGCAAAAGGCCAAGAAGAAUGAAGACGAGCACACUACGAAUGAAGCGUUACGGAUGUCACUCAAAUUGUUUACCGAUUCCAUUAAUACCAUGACAUACGGUACCUUAAUUAACUUGUGCAAUGAAUACAAAAAUUUCGAGUUUUACGAAGGCGCUGUUGAGCUGUUGUUGAAGGCUGCACAUACUAUGGAGCAUGUAACUGAAAAACGCAAGUCGAUUCUUGAUAACGUUAUUGAAACCUUACGAGAUGCUGGUGUCUUUAACGAAGGAGUUUCCCAACCUAAAUUCUUACAAAUCAUGAAUUCAGGUCACGCGCAAAAAUUUAAUCCCGUUCUUCACAAGGCACUAGAACUUGGGUUAAGCUUGAAAGAUAUAGAUUUUCUUUUCGCAGUGUAUGACGAAUUUUUGCGGGCCGAUUCCGUUCCACAACUAUUUGACCCGGCGGCACCCUACAUUGAAGAUUACCUUACUCAUUCAAAAGACUUAUCUUCGCCGGAAGUAAGGAAGAAAUUGGACCUGUAUUGUGAUUAUUGCGUGAAGCGUCAUGAAUACCUUAAAGCAGCCGAAGUGAAAGAUUAUAUAGCCCAGAACUCAGGGGGAGAUGUUACUUUACAAGAGCGGUUGCAUUACCUCUCCCAUGCCGUAGGGCAAGCUGAAAGUGCCAAAGAAUUCAGCGAGAAUGCCAAAGUGAUUGAGGCGUUAAAUAAAUAUCGUCUUAAAAUGAAGAUCGCACAAAUACAAUUCGAAAUUUAUACAGAUAUAAAUAGUAUGCCCGAAAACGUUUACAGCAACUUUGCGACAUCGCAGGGGAUACCUAGCAGGGAUGAAGUACUUGCGCUUCUUAAUCAAAAGCUCUAUGAUUCUCACAUUCUCUUGAACGAUUUUAUCCACCCGUUUGACCUGUAUGAAAAGAAGUUAGCCUUGUUACAGAUCGUGGAAGAAGCCCCCUAUCAAACCGAAAUACCGAUAGCCGAUGUACUUGUAAAAGCCGGUCGAAAGUAUUACCCCAGCGACACGCGCAUGAUGCCAUUAGACAAGAUCAUUAUCGCGAUAUCGAAAUACUUUAUUGAGAACGAAAUAACAGAUCCUGGUAUUAUCACAAAGAUUCUAAGGCAGGCAAAUAUAAAUUAUGCCGUCUUGUUUGAAACCGUUAAACACGUCUUGAAUAAUAGAUCGGACGGGAUGCGAUUUUUAUUCCGAGAACUUUGUUUUAUACUUGACGAAUGGAUAAAAACCAGCGGUGAAGUGCCUUCACGUCACCAUGGGUUUCGAGGAUAUGGCGCAGCGGAUCAUGACCGGUUAAAACGAGCAUUGUUGCAACCGGUUCAAUCUUGGGAAAGGAAGUGGCAAUACCCUUCUAAUGGGAAAAAUUUCAAAGUGAUGAAAUGGGUUAAAGCUGAUAGGAAGAUCAGUUUUAUUGAUGAUGACGACGAUGAGGUCGGAAACGUGGCAACACCAACUCGCCUUCCGAUUGUUGAGGAUACUCCAACUCCAACAGCAUCGAUACAACCGCCCACGGAAGCAUCAACGCCUCAACCAUCGGAGACGGAACCUGACACCGCAAGUUUCUUGAGACCGCUACCGCACCUAUCAUCAAUACCCAAAUCGUCAUCGUUACUUCGCGAGGCCUCCCUUACAUCAGCGGUUAGCACGCCCGGAGAAACGAUUACCACCAACAACAAUAACACGCCACGUGAUGUAGAAUCAUCCCUAGGGAACAGCCCGGAGAUGGAAGGGUUGGAUGAUGACGAAGAGCAGAUGGAUGAUGUUAUCACGUCUCAAUCGAUUUCCCAAAAGAACAAAGUUAAUAAUUUGGAAUUCAAUGUAGAAUUAAAGCAAGUUAAUGAAAAUAUUGAUUUAUUUAAAAAACAAUCAACGAGCGUCGUAUUUAGCAAAAAUCAAGAUGAAUACAUAGUUCGAGAGAAACCGAGUAAUUAUGAUGAAGUCGAAGAUUAUGAUAUUGUUCAAGUUGAAGAUUAUAAGGCCGAUGAAUAUGGUAAUCAAGAUGAAGAUGAUUAUGGUGUAAGAACCGGCGAAUACGUGAAUAGAAUUAGUGAAUUUGAUACCAGGAAUAGUGAAUUUGAUGGUAAUACAGGUGAAUAUGGCAGUAACGAAUAUUUAGGCAGGACAGGUGAAUAUGGAGUUCAAAAUGAUGAUUAUGGAGAACCUUUAAGUGAUUUUGAUGAUCAACCCAACGAUUAUGUUGGAUACGAUGACCAACAAGUUGGUAUACAGAGUCAAAUAAGUGAGUUUCCUGAACCACAAAAUCCUUAUCAAGAACAGAAAGUGAAUGAAUUCACCGAACUCAACGAAGCAAAGAACACACAAGAUGACGAUAUUGAACAAGGUCAAUUUAACAUAGAUACAUUUGGACAAAAUAUUCAGGAUGCGUCUAUUUAA